UUAUGGAGUUAUAUGAAAAUUUUAUCAAAGAGAAACGGCAUAUCAAGGUUUCUACAAGACUUUUCUGAAGCCGUGCCGAAAGCUUGGACGGGAGAAACGGCGAUAUCUCCAACAACCGAAUGGGGAACCAAGUUGGAUAGAAGUGGAGAUAGACGGUGCGACGAUCCCAGUAAGCACAAUGGUGGACGCCUUGUGUCUCCUUUACUCGAUAAACAUUCAAAUUCCGAGAAAAAAAAUGACUCUCAAGAGACAGAUGAAAUAUCUAUUCAAACAUCUGAAUCAAUUGUCAACUUGGAUAAAUCUCUUGGAAAACAAUCCUGUAUAUCUUCACACGGCGUUAACAGUUUCUUUAAAAUCAAUACGCCAGAGACACCGUCAGAGAAUAAAGAAAGUUUCGUUUGGAGCGUCACUGAUAGGUCCAAAGAAAAUGAAGGAAAAGUUAGUGAAGCUCCGACAGGAGCGCGACUCAGAGAACCAUCAAAUGCUUCCGCGGGACGAGGAUGGGAAUCUAUUAAUGAAAAUGGAACCCUGGAGUUAUGGAAACUGUGCCGAAACCAACGCAUGGCUUCAGUUAUCCAUGUGGAGGCAGGAGCUUCCAAUAAGGAUGCGCACAAUUUCGACAGAAACAGAACGAAUAAAAUUGCCAUGCAGGAAUUGUCAGCUGACGAUGAAUCACAAUACAAAGAGGAUUUGUUCACACUUCUUAAUUUCAACAGAAACACAACAAAUAAAGUUUCCAUGCAAGAAUUGUCAGCUGAUGAUGGAACACAACACGAAGAUGAUUUGCACUCACUUCUUAACUUGUUGAAAAAUAAAUAUUCAUUUCGUGAUGAGACGAAUAAAAAUAUUCUGUAUGAUUAUGAAAUUCGUAGAUUUGCUGAAUUUUAUAACAUUACUGAUUUUUUCCCUGUUCUUGCGUAUUAUGAUUUAAUUUUCUGGUUACAAGUCCCUAAUGGUGAUAUCUACAUGUGGUCUCGUACAGAUGAAUCGAUGAUACUUGGAGGACAUAAUAUGAAGGAGGCUCUGAUGAACUUUCUCUUUUACCAGGAAAAUCUUCGCUAUAUUGAAGAAUAUACUCAUAAAUUGUUGUCAGUGAAAGAAGUUAAAGAAGAAGCUGAUAAGUGGUAUGAAGAGAGUAAAGAAACUGCAAUUAAAAUUGUGCCUAUUCCCCGCGAGAUUGCUCAAUUACAUAAAUACAAAAAAAAUGCAAAUAUAAAUGCUAUGGGGAAAAAGGAACAUUUUCAAGAAUCUAAAUUGCAAAAAAAAGAUUUGACAAAAUGGUUUCCUUUUACUGUCUAA